GCAAAUCCGCUCUUGUAUUCGUAACACAGAAGAUGGCGGCGGAGUUAGUCCAGCAAUUCCAGAGUUUCUGCGAGAGUGAUAAGCAAUGGAGAGCCAGGAGGGAGUUUCUGUUAAAGAACAUUGAACAUUUCCGGGGAGAGAAUGAAUCGGACAAGCUGCUAGCCCUGUCUAUGGUCUGGGCCAACCAUGUGUUCAUGGGCUGCAGAUACAGCGAGGAGCUCCUGGAGCGGGUGCAGGGCAUGGCAGAAGGGAUCGAAGUAGAAGAUGCGCCACACUUUACCACCAGAGAGGAAAUUAUGAAACGGAAUCUCUGACCCGUAGAUUCUUUUGGCAGAUCCUUCAUCACAGAUGUGGACUUUGUAGAACUGUUUGCUGGGAUCAUAUUUUCUGUCCCUCUGUGGGGCAGACCAUCUUUCCUUAUACAAUGUGAAAACCUAUAAGGCACAGGAGCUGAAGAUCAUCAUCUGGUUUUUAAAGUGGUUUUUAACUUUUAAUUUUUUUUAAAAUGCCGCAGAAAAUAUUUAUAACAUUGUGUUUGAAUUGUACUGGUGGUGAAUCGGAGGCAGUCAUUCUGAGGAAAUAAACCAAGUUUUAGUGUUUGUAC